AUGGCCUCGCGAGGCAAGAACGCCGCCACGCCGGCCACGCCCCGCGUCAUCUCUCCGAGUCCGACCCCGUCCGAAAUAGCAGAUCCCUUCUCCUCCCAAGAUGGCUAUGCCGGCCCGACCACGCGCUCCGCCGCCCGGAAACGCCGGGCCACCCCGCAACCUGUCAACGAGAACAUUGACGAGGAGGACGACUCGGACCCCAGCCUGCGGAGAGCACGCACACGAAGCCGCUCACCCAUCGACAUGCGUCGCGUCAAGCCUCUGACCUCAACGUCAUCGUCCUUGUCCGCCAAGACGAAAUCGCCCGUCGUACCGAGCGAGCCUAUUGUCAAAGAUGGCACGAGCGGUGGCAGCGGCAGCAGCAGCAGCAACGGCAAGGCCAAGACAAAGGUGCCCCAGACGAACGGCCAUCUCGCCGUGCCCUCGGCAGCGCCUACCGGCUGGAGCUGGCGCGAUUUCAGCCGGAGCCCGAGUCCCCUAGGCCUCAUCCCCAUUCACCGAAAGUGGCGGACAUUCGUCCACAAGCACGAGGUGCCUCGCAAGAUCCUCCACGUCUCCAUCGGCGCCGUCACCCUGUGGCUCUACAUCACGGGCGUCCACACGCGCUCCGUCGCCCCCUGGCUCAUGACCUUCCUCGUCCCCAUUGCCGCCACCGACAUUCUGCGCCACAAUGUCGCCGCCUUCAACAGCUUCUACGUUUCCAUCCUCGGUGCCCUGAUGCGCGAGAGCGAGUACGCCGGCUACAAUGGCGUCAUCUGGUACAUGCUCGGCGCCUGGCUCGCCUGCUACGCCUUCCCCAAGGACGUCGCCGUCAUGGCCGUCCUGCUGCUGAGCUGGUGCGACACGGCCGCCAGCACCUUUGGCCGUCUCUGGGGCCGCUACACGCCGCGCAUCCGCCGCGGCAAGUCCCUCGCCGGCUCGCUCGCCGCCUUCCUCGUCGGCGUCGGCUCCUCCGCCUUCUUCUGGGGCUGGUUCGUCCGCUUCUUCGGCCCCCAGCCCGGCGACGAGGGCUUCAUGUUCCAGGGCUCCCUGCGCCUGCCGCAAGCUGCCGCCGAGGCCGUCGGCCUCACGAGCGAACAGGCCACCGUGGCAGGUCCGCUGGCCCUUGGCGUCGUCAGCCUGUGGAGCGGCUUUGUGGCCGCUGCCAGCGAGGUCGUCGACGUCUUUGGGUGGGAUGACAACCUUACGAUUCCCGUGCUCAGCGCCGCCGGCAUCUGGGGCUUCCUCAAGGUGUUCGGCUAG